ACAUUUUUCAAAUAUGUCUACGAAUUUAAACAAUAUGUAUCUUUGCAAUUUUGAUACGCGUCAUGUAAAUUUUGAUAAUGAAACAUUAAAAAAGUUGUGGACUGGAAAAUGGCAUAUAGAAGAUACUGAACUUUGUAAACAAUUAUUUUCGUGUAAACUAAAUAACGAUGCCUUAUUAGAAAUAUUACAAAAACAUUCCAAGGACAAUGAUUUUACAGAAAAAAUAUUGGACAUAGCGAUCAGUGCAUUUCUUACUUACUGUAAUAUUAACUGGAGUACUGUUUCUGAAAAUAUAAAACUGGAAGAAUAUUUUGGAACAGAGUGGCCUAAAGAUGUUGAUGUUUAUUCAACACUUCAGCGUGACUCAGAACCAUUGUGUUCAAAUAUAUCGCAUCCAGAAUUGUUAUAUUUUUCAUCACAAAUAUUCAACACCCUCUAUUCAAUGGAUCAAGACCUAGUAUACCUUUGGUGGAUGUUCCGCAGUAAAGUAAUGCAUCAAAGAGCUCUUGAAGAAACCAGUGCUAGUCUAUUCAAUGAUUUAGAAAUUAUUAUGGCAAAGUUAUACAACGAAUCACAAAAAAUAGAUAUUGAUCGGUUGAAAGUAUUGCUGUUCAUAGAAAUAGCACAGGCAUAUCUUAUUUAUGGUAGAGUACAAAAGGUUGAAGAAUAUUUAAUCAAAGCUAAAGAGCUUGCGGGAUUAAAAUUAGAAUUAACAGGUGUCCUGGGAAAACGUACCAAAUAUCAGCAGAAUUUAUUGCCCCAGUUAGCGCUAACAAGUGAAUUAGAUACAAAUAAAGAGCGGGAUUCAGCAGAACUGAGCCACGGUGAUACAGAACUUCCACCUGAUAUUGAAUUACAGGAUGAUUUGAGAUUGAAUAAGAUACAGUUUGUUGAAAAGGUCAAUCAAAGUGAAUUACCGAGCUUAGAGCAGACUUUAUGUUUACUUACUGUCCAGUACAUACAGAAGUCACAACCUAAAGAUGACUUAAUGAUAGAGGAGCUGCAGCCGUAUAUAGAAGCAGUACUCACACAGCAGAAAGGUCCGUGGUCCACUCAUGUAGCUGCAUUGCUUAUAAGAUGUAAACUGGAAGCCAAUCACAAGCGCACAAUAGAGCGAGCCAUGAUGCAAUGUGAGACUAUAGUCAAUGAUAAAACUGAAGUAGCGGCUACAACUAGAAUGUCAUAUUUGUGGGCGAGCGGUGUGUCGUGUGCGUGGACUUGGCGUCAACAGUUAGGCGAGUUGUACCUAAGCGCAGGGCUGGUGAAGGCGGCGUUGGAGCAGUUCCAGCUGCUGCAGCUCUGGGAGGAUGUCGUCGUCUGCUACACCAUGCUGCAGCUGCGGCACAAAGCCGCAGAAGUAAUCCAGCAACAAAUUAACAUAAAACCAACUGUUAAACUGUAUUGUCUAUUAGGUGACGCGACUGAUGAUGUAUCUUGUUAUGAAAAGGCUUGGGAGUUUUCUAAUUAUAAAAGCAGUCGCGCGCAAAGACAUUGGGGUAAUUACCUUUUUAGUCACAAGAAAUAUGAAGAGUGUAUCCCGCAUUAUGAAAAGUCAGUCGAAAUCAACUCUAUACAGGAGAGUGUUUGGGCGAGAUUAGGUUACGCCGCUCUUUUGACUGAGAAGUGGGAGCUCUCAGCCAAAGCUUAUCGUCGCUACACAUACUUACAUCCCAACACAUUCGAGGCGUGGAACAAUCUGGCCAAGGUUUAUGUCAAACAAGGGGACAAGCAGAGAGCGUACAGAGCUCUUAUGGAAUCUCUGCGCUUUAACUACGACAACUGGAAGGUGUGGGAGAACAUAGUGUUGGUGAGUAUGGACACGGGGCACGUGGAGGAUGUGGUGCGCGGUGUACAUCGCCUGCUGGACCUGCGCGACAAAUACGACGACCUCGAAGUGCUGACGCUGCUCGUGCGCGCCAUUGUUGACCGACAGGAGGGGCUGGGGGACGCGGAUAGUGCUGCUAGAUUACGAAAACGCACACUCGAACUAUUUGGAAGAAUAACUUCUAUACAUCAGAACAAACCAGAAAUAUGGCAGUUGUAUUCCGAUUUAAGCACAACUUACUUGCUUAAAGCCCAAAGACUUCAAAAAGCUUACAAAGGUUACACACAAAGCGGUAGUUGGCCAAACAACCCGGAUACUUGUAUGAAAGUAAUGGAGUUAACACAACUUCUUUUAGAACACAGUUUAAAGGCGAGACAAGACGCAGUAGACAAUGAAAAACAACAAGCGGACCAGCAACUAUCAUCUGCUCGCCUGACCGGACAGGCAGUCAUACGUGCGGUGGAGAGACAGGACUGGCCUGAAACUAAAACACUAUUAGAAGAAUUAAAAAAUCUUUUUAAUACUGUAACAGAUUAUAUGAAAUCGAUAAUGUAAAUAAA